AGAGGAGGAGGAGGCAGUUUAGAGAGGAAGAGAGUAGGAGGCAGCUGGGAGAGGAGGCAGCAGACACGUGGAGGUAGCUGGGAGAAAAGGCAUGGGGGAGGAGGAGGUGGGAGCUGGGAGAGGAGGGGAGGUGGUGCCGGGGGGAGCUGGGAGCGACGGCAUGCCUGCACAGGAAGCUGGGAAAGGGGGAAGAGCUAUGGCAGCUGGGAGAGGAGGAACCAUAACCCGCUGGAGCCGACGCCCUGCCCAGACGCCUACUGCAACCUGGUCAUCCUGGCCGUGGAGAACCGGGAAGCUGCAGAGGAGUACUGCUCUCUGAUCUGUCAGAUGUUCCAGAUCAUUUACGGCCAUCAGACCAUCGAGUGUGUGGACAGAGCCGGCUUUCAUCACACAGUGCCGGACCGAUACUGGCUGCAGAGGAGUGACAGCUGUCUCACUGACGUGUCCUACAGUUAUGAUCCAGAGUUUAGCUGCUGCAGCUCAUAUGAUGGUUCCCAGGAGGCCUUUGAGCCGUACUACAGUGAGACAUACAGUGAGAGCUCGUCUCUCUCGCUGCAGGACUCCCAUCGCAGUCUCGCUGAAGCCAGUGACGGAGGAGACACUAACCCCGCCCUGCUGCUGAUGCAGGAGUACAUGCUCACU